UAUAUCAAUUGUCUCUCGCUCUCGUAAUUGUCUCUCUUUCUAGACUCUCUCUCUCUCUCUCUCUGGAUAAAUGAGUAGUCUCCUUCGUCCUUAAGUCAUCUCCUUCUGCUGCUUCACAGAAACCCUAGAAAGGAUAGAAUCUCUUCUGGAAAUUCCUUUCUUGCUCCUACCACCUGCUAACUAAGUCUUCAUUUUAGAUCUCACACGUUGUCAGAUAUUGUUUGCGAAGGUCAAUUUUUCGGCUUUUUUUCGGGUAAUUUCGAGUUCUUAAGAGGGUUUUCUUGUUUAAAAAGUUCGAGGUCUGGGUCUCAUGAGACUUGUUAGGGGAAUGCAGAGAUUGAUUCGCGAGGAGCAGAAGGCACUGCGCUGGAAAAAAUCAUUCAGUCGGGGAAUUGGAGUUACUGCGCCCAAGGUGAGAACGCGUGACAAACCGAUAAAUUGGGACCUCUAAGUUUGGCACUUUGGGAGGGAGAUAGGGAGCUAGGGUUGCAUUUGAAGAAGAUAAAAUCAUGACACGUAUUUUGGUUCAACGAGGUUCCUCUGGAAGUUCAUCAUCAAAUACGAACCGCCCUUCCUUGUCUGGUUCUUCUUCAGCAGCUCCACCGCAACCGCAGGCUCCUUCUUCCCAGGUUCUUUCGGCUGUGAAAGAGGAGGAAAUGGGAGAGGAGGUGCUAGAACAACCUUCAGUGGCUGGUGUUUCGGAGUAUGGUGGAAGCGGUGAUGAUAAGGCGGCAAAAAGUGAUGAUCCUCUGCAAGAAAGCUUUCUUGCCGAUCAGAAUGAUGGUGCGAGUGAUGUUAUUGUUGAUGGUGACAAGAUUAGUAAUAAUGAUGCAGGAUCAGGGGAGUUGAUAAAAGGCUUGGGUGGGUCGAGGGUUUCAGAGAGAGCUGUCAUUGAAAAUGAGGGCUCAAGUGGUGAUUCUUUGCAGAUGGUUACUGAGAUCUCGUAUCCCCCUCCUCCUCCCCCCGUACCACCUCCAAAACCUUUAACACCAAACUCAAGUACAAGGAGAUUUGCCCCGGGUAGUCCGAACACCAUGAGGAGUGGAUCAUCUAGAAGAACGAGUGCCUGGCCCAUUGUUUCAACUAGGACCUCACCAUCUGGCUCACGGCCUUCUUCUCCCCGAUCUCAUGGUGAUAGUGAGGGUUACAAUAGUGCUGAUGAGCAGAACCCUUGUUACGUGUCCUCUUAUGAUGAUGCAGAGAGAGAACGUCAGUUUGAGAUUGAUAUCAGGCGGGCAAAAGGAUUUGAAGUAAAGCGAAUGUUGGAAGAUGGGAAUUGCCUCUUUCGUGCUAUUGCAGAUCAAGUGUAUGGGGACUCGGAAGUGUAUGAUUUGACAAGACAAAUGUGCAUGGAUUAUAUGGAGCAGGAAAGGGAUCAUUUCUCUCAAUUCAUCACAGAAGGUUUCACAUCCUAUUGUAAGAGGAAGAGAAGAGAUAAGGUCUAUGGAAACAAUGUUGAGAUCCAAGCUUUGUCUGAAAUGUAUAAUCGGCCUAUACAUAUUUAUUCCUAUAGCACAGAGCCCAUAAACAUUUUUCAUGGAAACUAUAAUACUGAUAUACCACCCUUGAGGCUAAGCUAUCAUCAUGGAAAUCAUUACAAUUCACUUGUUGAUCCUCGUCGAUUGACAAUUGGUGCAGGACUUGGUUUUAGUUGUCUUCGGGGGAGGAACAUUGAUAAGGAACAAGUCAAGGCUGCUAUCAAAGCUCAACAAGAUCAGCAAAUUGACAAUGCACUUCUAGCAGAGGGACGUUUUUACUCGGACCUUGAGCUUACUGAGAAGGAAAUUGAACGCAUGGUAAUGGAAGCUUCUCGGGCUGAGUAUCUUGCUGGUGACAAGUUAAAACAGCAAGUUGGCUUAAGAGAAUCUUCUACUUCCAGUGCUGAACCAUCAUCUUCAGGAGCUAGACCAUCAGGGAGUGACGCCAAGCAGGAAGGGGUGAGAGAACAUGGUUUACCUGAAGCUAACCUCAGCAACAGCAUGCAGAUAGUGCUCUCUAUGGGGUUCAGCUACCUGCAGGUGAUCGAGGCUUACAGCAUAUUUGGGGAUGAUGUCGAUUCCAUGGUAUGUUACCUGUUGGAGACUGGCAUUAGCAGCAGGCGGAAAGGCAAGGCAACUGAAUAGGCACCAAAGAUUGAGAUUGUAUUGGCAUCUCUUUCCUCACAAUUGUAGCGUUGGAACUGAAAAUUAUUUGUAUACUAAUGGGAUGCCCUUUCAGAACCCUAGGCAUGUAUUUAAGAAGUUUUAAACUAAUAAAAUCAAUCUACUAGUUCGAGCAGGUA